AUGUCACUGGUCUUACUACUUCCUCAACACCAUGCACAAAAUAAUCACACCCACCACUACUCAAUGGUGCGUUCGCGCUCAUUAACUCCUCGACCUACAACACCACUUUCAGCACCUCCCACUCCUGUCACACCCACCCAUUUGCUGCCAGCAGCGAUGGAGAGAGCUAGAAGCUCCGAAGCUAUCAUGGGGGAUAAUCUUCCUCGUUCAGUCGCACUGGAAAGGGAAAGGGAGAGGGAAAGAGAAAGAGAGAGGGAAGGUAGAAGUAGAGAUAUCAAAGAAACAUCUCUAAAAGGUGAAUGGGAACAUGUUGAUCAUCCAGAUACAACCAUUCCCGCAACUCCAUCUUCCCCGUCUCUCCAUCAUGGUCGAAAUGAAAGUGAGCAAAUGGAUAUUGAUAACCAAACUAUCGAUGAGGAGCGAGAUGAAUCAGAACCUUCAGUCGUUAGACUGGGUGAACCACUCCAAUCUUCAGAUCAAGAAGUGGCAGUGCAUCUACCGACCCCUCCGGAAGAAGGUAAACCGUUCGUUUGGGGAAUGCCUAAAUGGGGUUAUGAAUCUGAACGAAGUCCUGUAAGAGAUGGUGUCAGGCUGAUCAACGCAGAUGAGUUAUCACAGUUAGUCGAGCGUCACUCAAUGAUCGACACUCCAAGUUCAGUCAUGUUUCCUUGGCUACACGGCAUAAGUGACGAUGGCCAAAAGGGUAGAGAGAUGGCCAUGUUCUUUGGGACAAGCAGUCAUAAUCCACCGUUCGAACCCCCACCUUACCGAGGCCUGUGCUUAUUGUUCUGUCCUCCUCAUCCGCUUGAUGAGCCAAAUCAUGCCCUUCGCCCGAAAGCCAAACGAACCGAUACCGAUCGAACCACCCAACCGCCAGCAAUAGAGAUGCCACCUCCGAGAGAGAGAUCCGAAACGAUGUCGACCUCAUCGGAAUCUUACCACUCCUCCGGCACGACCGAAGGCACAUCCCCUUCUAUCGGCGAGCUGUCACCUACUUUCGAUAAACCAUCUAUCGAGGAAACUCACGAAGCUGAAGAUGAAAUGGAUGUUGACGUCGCCAUGCACCCCUGCAAUUCUAAAAGGGUCUCACCUGAAGCCACGGCAAAAGGUCUGGAGGAACCUCAUCAUCCAUUACCUUGUACGGGGAUGGAUAAAUCAGGAAAUGCAAUUGAAGAGAACGAUGAAUCAUCUUCAGGGUCAAAUUCAUCAGAAGAAGAUGAUGCUGAUGAAGACGAUGAUCAAGGUCCAAGUUGUAUUUUAUUUAACGCAUUACAUGUUACAGACUGUUUCGACUUACCAAAACAUAAAGAUCACGAUAAAGAACGAAGACCAAAAUUCAGAAACGCAAGAUUACCUCAUCAAAUCAAUUUAAGGAACUUACAUGUACAGCAGAUCAAGUAUUCAACUGUAUCUGAUGUUGUUCUGUAUUCCAAGAAUGGUGUAGGACCUGGUAUCUUAGAGGUUGCGCAGCAAAUUGCAAAGGCCCAACAAGACUUAUGGCAAGUCAGGAUGGAAGAAUUCUAUCAACAUGUUGGAGGUCGUAACCCAGGUGAAGGGUCUACUGAACCUGUCAAAUAUGGUGUAUGGGUUGUUGUAGAACCGUUUCACAAGAUCGAAAAACACUAUCCACAUCUGGUGAACAUCGAUUCAAGAGGAAGAUCGAGUGCUGAUGGCAUCCAAACCGACUUGUUUGAGCGAGAAGCCAGAGAGUCCAGAGCAAUGACCAAGGGGUGUGAAGUGGUGGAAGGUCUGUGGGUCGGGAAUGACUGUGAUGUACCUGGAGGAGCGGAUGACGGUGCCGGAGCCACUGUGCCUUUUAAUCUAUGUAUUAGGGCAUCGGAAUGUGCAGAGAUGCCUAGCCCUUCUCAUCUCUCCUCAGCAUAUCAACAUCUCUUGGAAAUAGACAAACGACGUCGCCCUCAAGUCGAAGUUCAGUCUUCUUGGAUAGCCUCACCGGCCACAGUCGCACUUCGAAAUUUACUCUCGCCAGCUCCUUCAGUUCCGUCUACACCUGAUGUUCCUGCAAAGAGGAAUGCUUCUCCAGUACCAGGAAAUGAAGAACGUAAACUUCGCUCCAGAUCCAUCUUACCAUCAGCAGAACACGAGUUUGUCUCGUUGGAAUGCGCUGGAAGUUGUCGGACUAUAACAGGUCAAACUAGAAAUCUGACAUAUAUGACUGAUAAAGUCAUUGAAUUAGUUUAUUUCCUGAGAAAAUUGAUUGAAGGUAGAGAUAAAACUGGAAUCAAAAGGAAAAUAUUGAUUCAUUGUCAAGAUGGUUAUACCGAAUCAUCGAUCUUGGUUUUAGCUUAUAUCAUGUCCUCUCUAUCUUGUUCUUUACCUGAAGCUUUUCUACAUUUACAGUUGAUCGCAAAAAGAUCAUUCUUCCUUUAUCCAUCUGACAAACCAUUACUUCGAAAGAUCGAUGCCAGAUUGACAGCGGAUAGGAGAUCGAAAGCCAUAAAAUUAGUCUCAUCUACUCCUCAAGGAAACACAUUGAGCUCACCAACAUCUUCUUCAGCUUCCUCGAUAUCUGAAGGCGUGAAAGGUUCGCCUAGGUGGAAAGCUUGGUCAAUUGGUAUGUCAUUCGGUACUAGUGGAAGUGGCUCAAUAGGUUCGACCACAAAAGAAAAAGAAAAAGAGAAAGAAAAAGAAUUAAAAACGGCUUCGACUGUCGAAGUAGCAAAAGAAUUGUUAAACGAUCAAGGUUCGACAAAUGCUAAAAUUGAUCAAAUGAAGAUCUGGUUUGAAGAUAAAAGAUUCGAUGGUUUCCCUUCUAGGAUAUUACCUUUCCUCUAUCUUGGUAACCUUGAACAUGCUGGAAAUGCCGCUAUGUUACAAGCUCUGAACAUCACUCAUGUCGUUUCCGUAGGAGAAAGUCUCAUCAAUCCUAACGAAAUGAUGGAUCAUCAUUAUGGUGUAGCAGGAAACAACACUUUGGCUGAAGCGGCCAAACAAGGCAAAAUCAACGUACUCGAUCUUACCGAUAUAAGAGACGACGGAAACGAUCCACUUCGACCACUGAUCGCCAGAGCGUGUGCUUGGAUCGAACAAGCUCGAAGGGAAGGUGGGAUCGUACUGGUACACUGUCGAGUCGGCGUCAGCAGAAGCGCAAGUAUAGUCAUCGCAUACAUGAUGCAAUUUGAAAGGAUGGGAUUGAUGGACGCGUAUAUGAUGUGUAGAGCCAGGAGAUUGAACGUACUCAUCCAACCGAACCUUCGGUUUUUCCACGAGUUGUUUGGUUGGGAAGUUGAACUUGCUCGACAAGAAGAGGAGAUCAUCGCAAAUCAAAUGCAACAAGUGCAAGAAGCCGGAGUACGAGAUCCAGACGCGUUAAAACUUGUAUUGAACGGAGGCGACGAGUACAAAGCAGGUAGGAGGAGAAUCAUGUAUUCUUGGCCUAGUUUCUGUAGGGAUUUGCAUUGUCUCAACAGACGAUUUUUGUGUAAUUGA